ACACUGGAGAAGGAAAGGCCAUGCAUGUCAACAAGACUAUCGUGACCGGACAAGUUGGCUAGGCGAUGCUUUGAACGGGAUAUAUGAGUAGAAAGGGUAGAAAGGCUUUCUCUCCACUACAUUAUUUCACAUGCCUUCUUCACCAUUUCCAGCGCUUUGUCUUUCUUUGCGUCAUUCCAUCCCUUUGGCUGUUACAGCUUUGUGCAUGAAAACAGGCAUCACCACCAGGCAUCACAUUAAGAAUCUGGAAUCCUGUGCGCAGAACCAGUCUCAUAUCAUCACAGAGCAACAGACCUUGAUCUUGACCAAGACCUUAUCAACACCUUUACCCUUCUCAAAACAACACCCAUGCUUGCCACCAAGCUCCUCAUUCUGUUCCUCAGCCUCCUAGGUCAUGGUUAUGGAGCCAUCAUCACGGCCCGCAAGAUAGAUGAUAGGCUGAUAGGACCCAUCACUAUUGGGAUCGUUGCCGCCGUCCUUGUCUUUGGCGUCGGUGGUCGCCUGGCCUGGAAACACCGCGAACACAUCUCCGGCAUCAUCAGGUCAGGUCGCCGUCCCCGCAAGCGCGCUGCGUCCAUGCAGGGUCUUCCUCCCACGCCCCGGACUACCACCCCUGCCUCGGACCAAAGCAGCCCGGUUGUUUCCUCGGUCAUGGAGCUGACCGAAUUGCCCGCUGGUGUGCGGCCUCGGCACUCUGAGGACGAGGUCGUCUCUCUUCGCGGUUUUCUCGAGGGGAUCAACAUGUCCUCGGGGUAUAAUGCUGGCAGAAACAGAAACGAGAACGAGAACGAGAAUGAGAACGAGAACGAGAACCGUGGUGGCAGCGACGACAGUGACAGUGCUACCAAGGAGAAGGAAGGCAAGAAGACCAUCAUCCCUUUCGGUCGUUCGGACUCUGGUCCUCUGGGCCGAGUGUGGGGGGAGGGGCGUUGAAGUGGCAUUAUGUGGUGGUUUGGCUUAUGCGAGUGAGUCCUCUUCUGCCUAAGGUAUGAACCUCUCUUUCUCUUUCUCUUGGCUGUAGUGUGUACUGACGGUUUGUUGAGAGGUAUUUUUCCUUUGGUCCCUUUUUGAUACCUUGCCCUUCUUUUCUACCUUCCUUUGUUAUCACCCUCUUAGUUGUGAUUAUAUAUUCAGAGGUCAAUAAAUGAUAAGGGGCCCGCUGAGGAAUGGCGAGUCAAGUUUACCUCGACGUAUGGCUGCGUCUCUGCGACCAUCGCCCGAACGCCUCUCGACAUUAGACGUGUCACGGGUACAACUUACUCGAAGGCACAACGGACAACGGGAGGACCAGAACAAGCUGCCAUACUUGUAGGAGCUCGGGGCGGCCGGAUGCUGUUGACAUUCGGACAG